UUGACGGUAAAUAUCAUAUACCUAGAUCUUGUUUACCUGCUGGUAUAGGUUCAUGUUAUUGGCUUGUGUUCAUUGAAGCUACAACUUCAGUGCGGGCGAGCGAGACAAGACAAGAUUUGAAAAAUGGCGACCGGAGAAACCGAAAACAUAGAUCAGGGGUACCUGGGCUGGGAAGAGUACUUUAUGGGUAUGGCUGCAAUGGCCGCACAGAGAAGUAAGAACACCGUCAAGGUUGGCGCAGUCCUUAUAAACCCCGACAAGAAGAUAGUUGGAGUUGGUUAUAACGGCAUGCCGCUCCACAUUCCAGAUGGAAACCACACUGAACAACAACAUAACGAUCUAAUGUGUGACGCCCAGACCAAUGCUAUCUUGUUCCGGAGCGUUGCGGACCUGAGCCGCUGUGUCAUGUACACUACGUGUUUCCCCACCAUGGAGAGUGCGAAAAUUAUCAUCCAGUCCAAAAUAACGCACCUUUACUAUCUCUCUCAUGGGAAUCAACACAUUCCGAAUUAUGAUCUCGUAAAAAAGCUGCUUGGGGAUGGAGACGUAAAGUCACAACCAUUCAAGCCCAGUCGCAGGAAGAUUGAUAUCGACUUCUUUAGGUUUGGUGAAGUGAGCACCGGAGUCACUCUGCAGUCACCGACGACAUAACUUCAGACUCUCGGGCACAACUUGGACACAAGGAGAUUAUGUAGUCCAUUUCAGCCGCCGAUCAUUUAGCUCUUUAAUGUUGUCGCUUUUUCCUUUCCUUUUCGCUUUGAGUUUUUGAGUUGCAGAUUAGGCUAUACACGAGUUCUGUCGCAGUGUUUGCACGCCCGCCAAAAAUGAGUGUCCGAGGGCACUAGGUCGGCAUGAGCAUAGAUGGCGUGCACUGUCUUCGAACUAUUAUACUUAUGGUUCGGUCAUACCUCCACCCUUUUGCAACCUUCUGCUUACAUUACUGACGCUCGCUUAUCAUGCUUUGCUAUAUUCCAGGCAAUUCAAACCCAGCCAUAGAAACAUUGAAAUCGAUUUCGAGAGGUUUGGUGAUGUCAGAGUUGAACUCCGUGCACAGACGUCGACAUCAUAACACCAACGAGGAAUUGCUCUGGCCAAGACUUAGAAAAAAAUCUUUUAUAUCCAAGAAUGUUUGUAGUAGUGACACGUAUGAUAAGAGGCCGCAUUAGACUGCCAUCACCUCUUCAUCAGCUGAAAACCGUAUUAUCUCGUGUUACCAGAGUUUAUUCUAGAUCACCUUGGUUGCAUUGUAUAAUUUAUUUGGCUUUAUAAUGCACUGUGCCUCGUUUUGGGGGCAGGGGUCAGGGUAAGAAGCAACACGCUUGGUCUGGUGCAAAGUACGGAAUCCGUCAAAAAGCAGACAAAAUCCUAUUUCUGUGUUUUUGUUUUGAGGUGUUUUAGAAUACAAAAAAUGAUACAUCACUGUCAGUAUUAUUGUCUCACCAAAUACCGCUCAGGUGGAGGUGUCAUUGAGCUCAAAAUCUUAGCGAGGCGCCCCGGCCUUGGCUGAUGAAUGAAAGAACAUUAACUGUGUACCGGUGUGUACAUGUAGCAACCUGAUUGCUACCAACUUGACCAUUGCCAUUGCCUAUAUACUACAAAGUAGUCCCCCCUUUAGAAAUAAAGCCGACUGAACUCUACAGUAACAGCUUGAGCAGCCCUCUCGAACACCAGAUUCAGCUUGCUAUAAGAGCACGUGGCUUGAGCAGCCCUCUCGAACACCAGAUUCAGCUUGCUAUAAGAGCACGUGGUGCGCAUUUAUUAUUUUCAUCCGAGUGUACCCCUCCAACCAUGUAAUGGGAGGGCCUUGUUUCUCUGUUUUGCAAAGGUUAACCCCCUUUAAAGGGACAACUUUGGUAUGAGAUGGUUUUCAUACAAAAAUGGCUACCAGCAGGGCCAUGACUUCUCAAACAGGAUAAUUGAAAUGUCAUUGAACUGCAUGCAAUUAAUAAUCCCCUAGAACGGGGUGUACCAAUAAGCCUGCCUGAAAUUCACAUGCCCUGUCCAAAAUGCCUCGCAACACCGUCCAAAAUCAUCAUUAGAACUUAGUGAGAUACUACUGGUGGCGGCGCAUGGUAUCAAGCAGGGUCAUUAUCCUCCUGGCCAGAUAACUACCACGCCCAAGUUGUCCCUUUAAAACUGGUACAUGUGCUAGUGAUUUUGUCGCAAAAAUGCUUGUAUGGAUUGAUGAAUAAAAAGUACAUUGUA